CCGCCCCCAGCGCCCGCCGAGCUCACGGACGGCAACAGCGAGCACCUGAAGCGGGAGCACUCACUGAUGAAGCCGUAUCAGGGCGCAGGCUCCGCCGCGAUGCCGCUGUGGGACUUCCAGGGCAGCACCAUGGUCACCAGCCAGUACGUCCGCCUGACGCCCGAUGAGCGCAGCCGGGAGGGCUCCAUCUGGAACCGCGUGCCCUGCUUCCUCAAAGACUGGGAGCUCCACAUCCACUUCAAGAUCCACGGAGCCGGCAAGAAGAACCUACACGGAGAUGGCCUGGCGCUGUGGUACACGCAGGAGCGGCUGGUGCCGGGUCCUGUCUUCGGCAGCAAGGACAACUUUCAUGGACUGGCUAUUUUCCUUGAUACAUAUCCCAACGAUGAGGCCACGGAGCGCGUAUUCCCCUAUAUCUCUGCCAUGGUGAACAACGGCUCCCUGACGUACGACCACAGUAAGGACGGGCGCCGGACGGAGCUGGCGGGGUGCCCUGCUGACCUUCGGAACCAGAACCACGACACUUUCCUGGCAAUUCGGUACUCCCGAGGUCGCCUGACGGUGAUGACUGAUGUGGAAGACAAGAACGAAUGGAAGAACUGCAUUGACAUUGCAGGGGUGCAGUUGCCAACCGGCUACUUUUUUGGUGCUUCUGCUGGCACUGGAGAUUUGUCUGACAAUCAUGACAUUAUCUCGAUGAAGCUAUUCCAGCUCAUGGUGGAGCACCCUUUAGAAGAUGAGACUGUUGACUGGACCAAGAUUGAGCCUAGCGUCAGCCUCCUUAAAUCACCCAAAGACAACGUGGAUGACCCAACGGGGAAUUUCCGAAGCGGGCCUCUGACAGGCUGGAAGGUGUUCUUGCUGCUGCUCUGUGCACUGCUGGGCAUCAUUGUCUGUGCUGUGGUGGGAGCUGUGGUCUUCCAGAAACGCCAGGAGCGGAACAAACGUUUCUACUAGGCAAAGACCUGGGCCCUGGCCUGUGCCCAAAACCCAUCUUUUCUACGGGGAGCUGUAAAAACUGUGGUUUCUAAAAGCUGUUUCUGAGAAAUACCAGAAGUAUUUUCUUAUCUGUCUGUUUGGCUGUAACCCCUGCCUGGCCCUCGGUGUCUGGCAGGUUGGACCGAGGGGGGUGAUGCCCACUGCGGCCCCCAGGCCGGCGGUGGGGGAGCCUGGAGGUUGCUCCCCUGUUUUUUCCAGUGCUCCCCCCGCCAGACAGGACCUGCCAUGCUGCCUGUGGCAGGGGAGUGAGCGGUGGCGGGUGUGAAUGUGAGGGGGCUGUGAGUGGGGCAUUAAAGGACUGACACCACC